CAAGCUUUCCAAAGCUGACCUUUCACCUUUCGCGGCUGUGCAGCCCGGAUGAGUUUGCAGGAUGUCGUUUUGAGGGGAGAGCACCAGGUGAAGAAGUCACCAGGAAGUGAUGCCUGUUGAAAGUGGAAGCAGUGCAACUGCACGACAGGUGAAACAGAAACGAAAAGCUCACUCAAUCUCUAUCAGAAGAACAAACAGCUCUGAGCAGGAACGUGUUACAUCACAGCGCGAAAUGCUAGAAGGACAGGGAGCGAUGAUGUCGGCUGUCUGUGAGGAAGUCUGUGGGCAGUCAGUGGAGGACUCAAAAUUGCCACCAACAAUUCGGCAAACAUUGCUGGAACUAUUCGGACAGAUUGAACGAGAAUUUGAAAAUUUGUACAUUGAAAAUAUUGAAUUGCGAAGAGAAAUUGAAACCUUGAAUGAUCGUUUAACUGCUGAAGGCCAGACAGUGGAUGGGGGAGAUCUGAGCAAAGGACAGUUGAAGGCAAAAGCCAGUCACAGCACCAGCCAGUUAUCUCAAAAACUGAAAACGACAUACAAGGCCUCUACGAGCAAGAUUGUAUCAAGUUUUAAGACGACAACUUCUCGGGCCGUCUGCCAGCUGGUGAAAGAGUACAUUGGACACAGGGAUGGGAUUUGGGAUGUCAGUGUUACACGCUUACAGCCUGUGGUGCUGGGCACAGCAUCAGCUGAUCACAGUGCCAUGUUGUGGAGCAUUGAGACAGGGAAGUGUCUCUUGAAAUACGUGGGUCAUGCAGGGUCAGUGAAUUCAAUCAAGUUCCAUCCUGCAGAACAGGUAGCUCUCACAGCAUCAGGGGAUCAGACAGUUCACAUCUGGCGAUACAUGGUGCAACUGCCCACCCCGCAGCCUGUAAUAGACACAAAUCAAAUGUCUGGGGAAGAGGAAGUUGAUUUCUCAGACAAAGAUGAACCAGAUGGAGAUGUUGAGGGUCCUAAUGAAAGCCCAACAAUCAGAGUUCCAUCAACUACACUCAAGAGUCACCAGGGUGUGGUCAUAGCAGCUGACUGGUUAGUUGGAGGCAAGCAGGUGGUCACUGCAUCUUGGGAUAGAACUGCAAACCUCUACGACGUCGAAACUUCAGAGCUGGUGCAUUCCCUAACAGGACACGAUCAAGAGCUAACUCACUGUUGUACUCACCCUACUCAGCGCCUUGUGGUAACAUCAUCACGUGACACCACCUUCCGUCUCUGGGAUUUUCGGGACCCGUCAAUCCACUCGGUGAAUGUCUUUCAGGGUCACACAGAUACUGUAACAUCGGCUGUCUUUACUGUGGGGGAUAACGUUGUAUCAGGCAGUGAUGACAGAACGGUGAAGGUCUGGGAUCUGAAGAACAUGCGAUCUCCUAUAGCAACCAUUCGUACCGACUCAGCUGUCAACAGGAUAAGUGUUUCGGUUAGUCAGAGGAUUAUAGCGCUUCCUCAUGACAAUCGUCAGGUCCGACUAUUCGAUAUGUCAGGCGUACGUUUAGCCCGCCUUCCCCGCAGCAAUCGUCAGGGUCAUCGACGUAUGGUGUGCUGCACAGCGUGGAGUGAGGACAAUCCCACAUGCAACCUCUUUUCUUGUGGUUUUGAUCGUCAAGCUAUUGGUUGGAAUAUCAAUAUCCCAGCACUUUUGCAAGAAAAAUAAGAUACCAUCAAGUGUUUCUGAAAAGACUUGAAAGAACUCUAUUCUUUAUAUGCUUAGUAUGUUUCUAUUGCUGUUAAUGCUGUGAGUCUUCCAGCUAAGGGUGUGAUCGGUGUGAUACGGCUUGACAUGCAUAAUCUGCAUGUAUUGCCUAUGAAACUGUGCUUGGUUAAUAAACCAAUCUUGUGUGUAACCAUGCAUUUAUUAUAAAUAUUCCUUUUCUUUGUAAUUUAUGUGAUCUUUGGUUGUUAAAACUGGUUGACCUUCAACAGCAAACCUCUAAAUAAUUUCACUAAAGUUAUAGUUGGAUUCUGUAGCAGUGUGAGCGAGGCAUUUGUUUUUAAAUCUGAGGUUCUGUUAAAUAUAAAUUAUGUGCAAGUAAUGGUGUGUGUUUGUUAUUAAUGAAAUCCUACCUAUUUGACUUGUAGCCUUCUGGAAUAAUGCAAGGUUAGUACAUAGCAAUCUUGACACAUCAUCACAUCCAAAUCUUGUUCUUUAAUAGUCUCUUUACAUACAGUAAGUAUUUGACAAUCAGUUUAUUGCCGUGCAUUUGUGCGAUAUGUAUUAAGUUCAUUCUCUAAUUUCAGCAGUGUCUGGAAUUAGGAAAAUUAACUAUUCAGCUGUCAUAUGAGUUGAUAAUAGUGUACAAUUGGUGGAUUUGUAACUUAAUGUGAUGUAGAUAAUCAUGUGGUGACCUUAUGCCUAGACACCUUUAUGUAUUUUGUCAAAAUGCACACUAAUAUAGAAAGAAUGUUGUUGGGUUUUUUUGCAAGCAGUUUAUUCUGAACUUUGUGUCUUAAACUGAUGUUAAAACCACAGGCAGUUCCCUACCUCCAGCCUAACUCUAAGGGAAUGGGAAAUAUGGUUAAUUACGUAGAGACAUCAUGUUGCUUCAAAAAGAUCAGUAAAUGAAAAGGAAUAAUUUUGUUAAUGAAUACUAUAAAGAAUAUAAAAAUACAUUAACUUUGGUAUCUGAACAUCACAUUUUCUAGAUUUACUUGCAAUGACCAGAUAUUUGAACACAAGGUGCAGGUUAAGUUUCAAGUUCAAAUCAGUUAGAAGCAAUUAUCUUGCAGAUUUAACGUAUUUGCAUAUUUUAUUACAGUUAAGCACAACAGUACUCAGUUUUAAGUGAUUUAACCUACAGCCAUUUAAGAGACCAAAUAUUACAGUACUCUGCUUAGCUUGAGAUCCAGUUUCAUUAACAUUCAUUGGUAUCAAGAGUGACUUGGAAUAAUCAAGUAUUGGUUUCAUUAUAAUUUUCUUUGAUUAAAUCCAAAGAUUAGUGUUAUUCAAAGCUCAAAUUGAUUAACUGCUUGAUUCUGUCCAUAUCUGCCAUUGCACUAUAUUCAUGAUCUAUGCUUUGGGUUUGGAUUUAAUGAUUGUCCAUUGUCACAGGCAGAGUUAAUAGUGCAUUUAUGCUUAUGCAGGCGAUGCUUUUAUUUCCAGAAAUUAGACUGAAAUCUUUGAGUGUUUUGGAUUUGACAUCUACAAAUGAUUAGUUGAUUUUGAAAUAACAAUCCAUACAUGGAACUUCCUGAUGAAUAGAUGCAGUGGCUGUAUUGCCAAGUUUAAUUAUGAUGACAUAACAACACAAGGCACUUUACAAGUAGAGUUCUGGAUAUUUUAUUGUUUAAGUAGCAGAUUGUUUUGGCAUAAACUGUAGAGUACUCUAAAUAAGCAACAAUGCAGUUCAGGCUUUUUAAUAGAACUUUUUGUUUGCUUGUCUUUAAAUUACUGGGUUCCUUUUGAAUUAGAUGGCAACUCCGUAAAAUGUAGCUAUUCUUUUCAUUAAAGAACUAAAUGAGCAUAUUAUAAAUCACAUUUUAAUGCUCUGGGACUAGUGUUUCAGAUGCAGUCCAGCAGUGUGACAACAGCUUAUAAGCAAGUGGAAUGUAUCCAGAGAUGACCAUAUCAUUAUUCAUGAGCAGUUCUAAAAGCUGCCAAGGGUAUUUCUGUGGCAGAAAACAGAUUUGUUGCAAUAAAUUGCUGAAUUUCUGAGUUACAUUGAUCUAUUUGGAUUAUUGGUAUGCACAUUUUUGUGAAGUUUGUUCAAAAAGCAAUACAGAAAUUGCUAGGGUAAGUUGUCUUUAGUAAAAUAAAAACUGGUGCAUGACUUCUAUUUUGAAAAAAAACUAUUGUACACAUUUCACUCAUCACAGUGUGUUUGCGUAAAUAUGAAAAAACUGUGCAAAAUUAAAAGUGAAAUACAAUGCAU